GAUUAGCAACUAGAUUCACUAUCGGAGAUUAUGUCUGAGUUCGUACGGUUGUGCAGUCUUCCUAGACGGCUAUUGAGUGUUCCUAAGGUUGCGCAACGUGUGGGGACUAUAGAGCUUAAGAAGAAUAAUGUAGGUCAGGUAAGACUUUUUGUACGUCAACAUAGUUCAUUCACUACUGCAGUUGAAACAGCAGAGAAGCUUGUUCAACCUCAAUCAAAAGCUACUUUCAGUGACCCCUUCUCAAUUGUUAGUCAUGAAAUGUCCAAUUUGGCGAAAAAUAUUGCCAACUUGAUUGGUUCAGGUCAUCCAACUCUUAACCGAGUUUCUUCGUAUUAUUUCGAAGCUGAGGGAAAGAAUGUACGACCUUUAAUUGUACUCUUACUUUCCAAGGCAUUACUGAACAUCCCAAUUCUGGAACGAAAUCGUAUUACGAUAGAUGAACUGGAUGUCGUUGAACAACCUCAUUUCAAGGGAACUCCUAACCUGUCAGUUUCAGUGGCUGGGAACUCUGUAGAUGAUUCAAUUUCCCCACUACAAAUUUUACAUGGAAUCAAUCCUAGAGUUAUACUAGACCCAUUAUCCAAGCCAAUGGAUAAGCUUCCAGAGUUUGAUGCCAUGAAUGGUAUCUUACCUAAACAACGUCGUUUAGCGGAAAUUGUGGAAAUGAUCCAUACUGCUUCAUUGUUGCAUGAUGAUGUCAUUGACUUGCUGGAUUCCCGUAGAGGUAGACCAAGUGGUAACAUUGCCUUCACCAAUAAGAUGGCGGUUUUGGCUGGAGAUUUCCUUUUGGGCCGUGCAUCGGUUGCAAUUGCUCGUUUGAGAAAUCCAGAAGUCAUUGAACUUUUAUCUACUACAAUUGCAAACCUUGUUGAAGGGGAAUUCAUGCAAUUGAAAAAUACUGUUCUUAGCAGCAAUGAAAACACUGUAAAUAAUGGUGGAGAAACUAAAAAAAUACCUGAAGCUACUGGGAAGGUACCCACAAAGCAACAUAAUUAUACUGUUGACGUUGACCACAAGACUAACGUUGACGCUGCCUUUGAAUAUUACUUGCACAAGACGUAUUUGAAGACUGCCUCUUUGAUGUCCAAGCUGUCAAGAGCUGCCGCUGUUUUGAGUGGCUCUCAAGAUAAUGUCAUUGAAAACUGUUAUGAAUUCGGUCGUAAUUUGGGACUUUGUUUCCAAAUUGUUGAUGAUAUGUUGGAUUAUACAUCCAGUGAUGCAGCAAUUGGGAAACCUAGUCAAGCCGAUUUGAAGCUUGGUUUGGCUACAGCUCCAAUUUUAUUUGCUUGGAAGGAAAAACCUGAAUUAGGUGAAUUAAUUGGAAGAAAGUUUAAAGAACCAGGUGACAUUGAAAUCGCUAGAAAUGCAGUUGAAGAAUUCCAAGGGGUUGAGAAAACUAGAUUAAUGGCUCAAGGAUACUGUUUAGAAGCAUUGAAGAAUUUGAGAGUCUUACCAGAAUCUGACGCUAGAAGUGCUCUCGAACUUUUAACCAACUCAAUUUUGACUAGAACUAAUUAGAGAGAUAUUAGAGUGUGCCUACACAAUAAUAAAGUGCCAAUGGAAUGGUGUUUAUGGGAACUUGUCUCGUUUAAGCUUCCCACCCUACAACAAUCAAGUUUAUAUAGCAAAAGAAAGAAAUUAAAACAAACGAGAGCUCUAAUUGUUAGAGGAGCUCUCAAUAUACAUAGUUACAUACAUAUACCUUUA